AUGUCGAAUACAACCCUUAACAUGCACUCAGACUCUGAAAAGAGUCGCAAUGAUCUCAAGGAGGUCCCCAACCGCGAUUUCAACGUACUCGCGGGCGAAACGGGCGCAGAGUUCCGCGAGGAUGCCGAGCGAGCCAUAAUCGAGCAGGGCGAGCACAAAUUCAACCGAUUGGGAUGGAAGCGCCUCACCGUUGUUCUCAUCGUCGAAGCCAUUGCCCUGGGUAGCUUGUCUCUCCCCAGUGCCUUUGCCACCCUGGGCAUGGUUGCCGGUACCAUCUGCUCUGUCGGCCUGGGUCUGCUUGCCAUUUACACCAGCGACCUCGUCGGCAUGGUCAAGCUGAAAUUCCCCGAGGUUGCCCACUACGCUGAUGCUGCCAGACUGGUUGCUGGCAAGUUUGGGUAUGAGCUUGUCGGUUUCAUGUUCGCCUUCCAGCUGGUUCUGCUCAUCGGCUCCCACUGCUUGACGGGCGCCAUUGCCCUCGGCCGUAUCUCAGAAGAUGCCAUCUGCUCUGUGGCCUGGGCCGCCAUCUCCGCCGUCGUGCUCUUCCUCCUUGCUCUUCCUCCCAGCUUCACCGAGCUGGCCAUUUUCGGCUACAUCGACUUUGCCUCCAUCAUCAUUGCCAUUGGUAUUACCAUGAUUGCUACUGGUAUCCAGGCUCACAACGCCGAGGGCGGACUGUCUGCGGUCCCCUGGUCCGCCUGGCCUAAGGAGAACCUGGGCUUCACCGAGGCCUUCAUUGCCAUCACCAACAUUGUCUUCGCCUACAGCUUUUCCAUCUGCCAGUUCUCCUUCAUGGACGAGAUGCACACCCCCAAGGACUACAAGAAGUCUAUCUGGGCUCUGGGCCUUAUCGAGAUUGCGAUCUACACCCUCACCGGUGCCAUCAUCUACGCCUUUGUCGGACCGGAUGUCGAGUCUCCCGCUCUGCUGUCGGCCGGCCACCUCAUCUCCAAGGUCGCCUUUGGCGUGGGCCUUCCUGUCAUCUUCAUCUCGGGAUCCAUCAACGGUACCGUCGUCGGACGCUUCAUCUUUUCGCGAGUGUUCAAGGACUCUAUCAUCCGAUACAUCAACACACCGAAGGCGUGGGCGAUCUGGAUUGCCAUGAUCGGUGGCCUUACUAUCAUCGCCUGGGUCAUCGCCGAAGCCAUCCCCUUCUUCUCCGAUCUUCUGGCCAUCUCCUCGUCGCUCUUCAUCUCGGGCUUCACAUACUACUUCCCCGCCAUCUUCUGGUUCGUGCUGCUGCGCGAAGGAAGCCCCUUUGAGAGGAAGAACCUUGUCCACCUGGUUCUGAGCAGCAUUUCCAUGAUCGUCGGCCUUAUCGUGCUGGUGGGCGGGACCUAUGCCAGUAUUGUCGACAUUAAAAGCCAAUACGAAAACGGAAGCGUACGAGGACCCUUUAGCUGCGCAUCGUCGUCGUAG